AUGGGCGUCACUAAAAAAACUCUCCAACCCGGCAACGGCACCGACUACCCGCAAAAGGGCUCCAUGUGCGCCAUCGACUACACCGGUGCUCUUUAUGAUGCAUCCAAGGAUAAUAACCAUUUCAUGGGGAAGGAAUUCGACUCGUCGAGGAGUAGGGGUCCGCUUAAGGUGAACAUUGGUAUUGGGAGAGUCAUUGAGGGCUGGGACCAGGGUGUCCUCCAGAUGAGUCUCGGCGAGAAAGCUAUCUUGACAAUUUCCAGUGACUCUGCUUACGGUCCUCGUGGUUUCCCGGGUCUUAUCCCCGCGCACUCGGAUCUUGUUUUUGAGUGUCAUCUUGUUUCGGUUGACGGCAAGUCUAUCUAG